AUGCAUGAUUUGCUACAAGAAUUGGGCUGGGACAUUGUUCGUGAACAAUCUCCUAACGAGCCAGGCAAACGUAGUAGAUUAUGGUCUCAUGAAGACAUCAACAAUGUGGUGAAGAAAAAUAUGGGAACAGAUUCAAUCCAAGGCAUGGUAAUGGAGUUGACUAAAUUACAAGUGGCUCAUUGGAAGCCGGAAGCCUUUUCAAAUUUGUCUCAACUUAGUCUUCUCCAUAUUUGUAAUGUGGACCUUCCUGACGGCCUCACUUGUCUUUCUAAUUCUUUGAGAAUCCUCGAAUGGACUGGGUAUCCCUUGAGAUCUCUCCCACAAAAUUUUGAAGCAGAUGAACUUAUUGAACUUAACUUGUGCCACAGAAACAUUGAACAGCUUUGGAAGGGAACAAAGAAUUUUGAAAAGUUGAAGUUCAUCAAACUCUGCCAUUCUCAAAAAAUUGUGGAGACCCCAGACCUCGCAGGUGUUCAGAAUCUUGAGACUUUAGAUCUCGAAGGAUGUUCUCAUUUGGUAAGAAUCCAUCAAUCCCUUGGAUUUCUCAAAAAGCUUAUUGUCCUGAAUCUUAAAGACUGCAAAAGUCUUGAGAGUCUGCCAAGUAGAAUUGAAAUGGAAUCUCUUGAAACAUUAAUUCUUUCUAACUGCUCAAAAGUUAAGAAGAUUACUGAGUUUGUUGGAAAUAUGGAACGUUUGUUGGUGCUUUGUCUUGAUGAGACUGCCAUUGAGGAACUGCCAGUGUCAAUUGAACGGCUGAGUAGCCUUGUGUCAUUAAAUCUGAGCAACUGCAGAAAUCUUAUAAAUGUGAGGGUCAUGGACUGUUUUGAGGAAACUGAUGUGAAUAGUGGGUCUGCAAUAGAAAUGUCGUCUACCCAUGAUCGCAAGAAAAAAAGGGAGAGGUCCAAUCUUUCAAGAAUGCAAAGUAGUUUGGCGAUCUUUAUAAAAGUUCUUGCCUUCUGGAUUGGUGAAAAAAGUGAAUACAGAGCCAAAGAGUUUCCACUUGCCUAUAUCACAAAAAGUGAAUACAGAGCAAAAGAGUUUCCACUUGCCUAUAUCACAAAAAGUGAAUACAGAGCCAAAGAGUUUCCACUUGCCUAUAUCACAAAAAGUCAAUACAGAGCCAAUGAGUUUCCCCUUGCCUAUAUCUGGUCUGUGUAA